UAUGACUCAAGGCACAGACUACCCAGAAGAUUUUGUGAUUCAGGCAAAGGCUGACUGCUACUUCACCAAUGGGACGGAAAAGGUGCAUUUUUUGGUCAGAUUCAUCUUCAAUUUGGAAGAGUAUGCACGCUUUGACAGUGACGUGGGGAUGUUUGUGGCACUGACGGAGCUGGGGAAGCCCGAUGCUGAGCUGUGGAACAGUCGGCCGGAUAUACUGGAGAGGAGCAGGGCUUCCGUGGAUGCUCUCUGCAGACGCAACUACGUGGGGGCACCCUUCACUGUGGGGAGAAGAGUGCAACCAGAGGUGACAGUGUACCCUGAGCGGACCCCAUCCCUGCAGCACCACAACCUGCUGCUCUGCUCUGUGACGGGAUUCUAUCCAGGGCACAUCCAGGUCAGGUGGUUCCGGAACGGGCAUGAGGAGAGCGAGGGGGUCACGCCCACUGGCCUCAUCAGGAAUGGAGACUGGACCUUUCAGACAACAUUGACGCUGGAAAUGACUCCUGAGCUUGGGGACGUCUACACCUGCCUUGUUGAGCAUCCCAGCCUGCUGAGCCCUGUGUCUGUGGAGUGGAGAGCUCAGUCUGAAUACUCUUGGCAAAAGAUGCUGGCUGGAGGUGCAGCCUUCCUGCUUGGGCUAGUCCUCCUUCUGGUGGGGACUGUCAUCCACCUCAGGGCUCGAAAAGGAUACAUGGAGGCUCAGCUGUCUGGUUAUGAGGUGUGCAGAAAUGUUUUCCCGCCACAGGCAUGCGAGGGCCCUGAGUGGAGACUGUCUCCUGGAUACUGAAGCAGCUCCUGGGCCCUGGACUAGGCAGAGGACA